AAACAUCUACACAGUAAAGAACCCUAAUUUUUUGGCUGAAUCUUAAAAACACUAAUUCGGUAUUUUGAGAUUGUCAGUCAAGCCAUAUGGAAGAAGCUAUGGAGAUGGAGGUAGAAGAACAGAUGACUCAUAACUCAACAAAGAGAUUCGGACUCAAAAACUCCAUUCAAACCAACUUCGGCGACGAUUAUGUUUUCCAGAUCGUCCCCAAGAAUGAUUGGACGUCAAUGGCAGUGUCGUUGUCGACGAACGCUGUGAAGUUGUAUUCGCCGGUGACGGGUCAAUUCAUAGGAGAGUGCAAGGGUCACUCUGCGACUAUCAACCAUAUCUCUUUUUCUGAUCCAUCCACCCCUCACGUCUUGCAUUCUUGUUCUUCUGACGGAACCAUCAGAGCCUGGGAUAUUCGAAAUUUCCAACAGGUUUCAUGCAUAACUGCUGGGUCUUCCCAGGAAGUCUUUAGCUUUUCUUUUGGAGGGUCGAGUGAUAACCUUCUUGCUGCAGGGUGUCAAUCACAGAUAUUUUUUUGGGACUGGAGGAACAAGAAGCAGGUUGCAUGCUUGGAGGAAUCCCAUGUGGAUGAUGUUACUCAGGUUCAUUUUGCCCCAGGCCACCAAAACAAACUAGUUUCUGCUUCAGUUGAUGGAUUGAUUUGCGUAUUCGAUACAAGUACAGAUAUUGAUGAUGAAGAUCAUCUUGACACUGUGAUCAAUGUUGGAACUUCAAUCGGAAAGGUUGGAUUUUUUGGAGAUACAUAUCAGAAGCUCUGGUGUCUGACAAACAUAGAGACCUUAAGCUUCUGGGACUGGAAUGAUGGAACUAAUAUAGCAAAUUUUGAGGAUACUCGUUCAUUAGCAUCAGAGAGUUGGACACAAGAUCAUGUUGAUUAUUUUGUUGAUUGUCACUCAGAAGGCGAAAAUUUAUGGUUAAUUGGAGGAACUAAUUCCGGUACCUUAGGUUACUUCCCGAUACACUAUAAGGGAACAGCCGUGGUAGGAGCUGUGGAAGCAGUUCUUGCGGGUGGCCAUAUGGGUGUUGUGAGGAGUGUAUUGAGAAUGCAGAGCAAGCCUUCCGCAAGUCAAGGUGUGUUUGGGUGGACUGGAGGUGAGGAUGGUCGCUUGUGUUGCUGGAUGAAUGAUGAUUCCACGGAGAUAAAUCGAUCCUGGAUGUCGAGCACGUUGGCAGUGAAGACACCACGAAACCGCAAGAAAAAUAGGCAUCAUCCAUACUAAGCCAGCUAUUAGCUCAUAAGUUGAUGUUUUGUAUUCUUUUUUCGUUUUCGAUAGAAAUGCCAUUUUGUAGUACUCUCACUUGAGAACCAAGAUCCGUACGUGUUUUGAUCAAACUUCUUGUGUACUCCUUUUUCCUGGUGGCCAGAAAUGCAAUUUCGUUAAAUGCUUAGUCAACUUAAUAUAUGUUACACCCUCUG